AUGCCGGGGGGCAAGAGAGGGCUGGUGGCACCGCAGAACACAUUUUUGGAGAACAUCGUCAGGCGCUCCAGCGAAUCGAGUUUCUUACUGGGAAAUGCCCAGAUUGUGGAUUGGCCUGUAGUUUAUAGUAAUGACGGUUUUUGCAAACUCUCUGGGUAUCAUCGAGCUGACGUCAUGCAGAAAAGUAGCACUUGCAGUUUUAUGUAUGGAGAAUUGACUGACAAGAAAACCAUUGAGAAAGUCAGGCAGACUUUUGACAACUACGAGUCAAACUGCUUUGAAGUUCUUUUGUACAAGAAAAACAGAACCCCUGUUUGGUUUUAUAUGCAAAUUGCACCAAUAAGAAAUGAACAUGAAAAGGUGGUUUUGUUCCUAUGCACUUUCAAGGACAUUACGUUGUUCAAACAGCCAAUAGAGGAUGAUUCAACAAAAGGUUGGACAAAAUUUGCCCGAUUGACACGGGCUUUGACAAAUAGCCGAAGUGUUUUGCAACAGCUCACGCCAAUGAAUAAAACAGAGGUGGUCCACAAACAUUCAAGACUAGCUGAAGUUCUUCAGCUGGGAUCAGAUAUCCUUCCUCAGUACAAGCAAGAAGCGCCAAAGACGCCACCACACAUUAUUUUACACUAUUGUGCUUUUAAAACAACUUGGGAUUGGGUGAUUUUAAUUCUUACCUUCUACACCGCCAUUAUGGUUCCUUAUAACGUGUCCUUCAAAACGAAGCAGAACAACAUAGCCUGGCUGGUGCUGGACAGUGUGGUGGAUGUUAUUUUUCUGGUUGACAUUGUUUUAAAUUUUCACACGACCUUUGUGGGACCUGGUGGAGAGGUCAUUUCUGACCCCAAGUUGAUCAGGAUGAACUAUCUGAAAACUUGGUUUGUGAUCGAUCUGUUGUCUUGUUUACCUUAUGACAUCAUCAAUGCCUUUGAAAAUGUUGAUGAGGGAAUCAGCAGUCUCUUCAGUUCUUUAAAAGUGGUGCGUCUCUUGCGACUGGGCCGUGUUGCCAGGAAAUUGGACCAUUACCUAGAGUAUGGAGCAGCGGUCCUUGUGCUCCUGGUGUGUGUGUUUGGACUAGUUGCUCACUGGCUGGCCUGCAUAUGGUACAGCAUUGGGGACUAUGAGGUCAUCGAUGAAGUCACAAACACCAUCCAAAUAGACAGUUGGCUCUACCAGCUGGCCUUGAGCAUUGGGACUCCGUAUCGAUACAAUACCAGUGCAGGGAUAUGGGAAGGAGGACCCAGUAAGGAUUCACUGUAUGUGUCCUCUCUCUACUUUACCAUGACAAGCCUUACAACCAUAGGAUUUGGAAACAUAGCUCCUACCACAGAUGUGGAAAAGAUGUUUUCCGUGGCCAUGAUGAUGGUUGGCUCUCUUCUUUAUGCAACUAUUUUUGGAAAUGUUACCACAAUUUUCCAGCAAAUGUAUGCCAACACCAACCGGUACCAUGAGAUGCUGAAUAAUGUACGGGACUUUCUGAAACUCUAUCAGGUCCCCAAAGGCCUUAGUGAACGAGUCAUGGAUUAUAUUGUCUCAACGUGGUCUAUGUCAAAAGGCAUUGACACAGAAAAGGUCCUCUCCAUCUGUCCCAAGGACAUGAGAGCUGAUAUCUGUGUUCAUCUAAACCGGAAGGUUUUUAAUGAGCAUCCUGCUUUUCGAUUGGCCAGCGACGGGUGUCUGCGUGCCUUGGCGGUAGAGUUUCAAACUAUUCACUGUGCUCCUGGGGACCUCAUUUACCAUGCUGGAGAAAGUGUGGAUGCCCUCUGCUUUGUGGUGUCAGGAUCCUUGGAAGUCAUCCAGGAUGAUGAGGUGGUGGCUAUUUUAGGGAAAGGGGAUGUAUUUGGAGACAUCUUCUGGAAGGAAACCACCCUUGCUCAUGCCUGUGCCAAUGUCCGAGCACUGACAUACUGUGACCUCCACAUCAUCAAGCGAGAAGCCUUGCUUAAAGUCCUGGACUUUUAUACAGCUUUUGCAAACUCAUUCUCAAGGAAUCUCACUCUUACUUGCAAUCUAAGGAAACGGAUCAUUUUCCGCAAAAUCAGUGAUGUGAAGAAAGAAGAGGAGGAGCGCCUCAGGCAAAAGAAUGAGGUCACCCUCAGCAUCCCCGUGGACCACCCGGUAAGAAAGCUUUUCCAGAAAUUCAAGCAGCAGAAGGAGCUGCGGAAUCAGGGGUCAACGCAGAGUGACUCUGAGCGAAACCAGCUGCAGGUAGAAAGCCGCUCCUUACAGAACGGAGCCUCCAUCACUGGCACCAGUGUGGUCACCGUGUCACAGAUUACGCCCAUUCAGACAUCUCUGGCCUAUGUGAAAACCAGCGAGUCCCUCAAACAAAACAACCGUGAUGCCAUGGAACUCAAGCCCAGUGGCGGUGCUGACCCCAAAUGUCUCAAAGUCAACAGCCCCAUAAGAAUGAAGAAUGGAAAUGGAAAAGGGUGGCUGCGACUCAAGAAUAAUAUGGCAGCCCAUGAGGAGAAGAAGGAAGACUGGAAUAAUGUCACUAAAGCUGAGUCGAUGGGGCUACUGUCCGAGGACCCCAAGGGUAGUGAUUCAGAGAACAGCGUCACCAAAAAUCCAUUAAGAAAAACAGAUUCUUGUGACAGUGGGAUUACAAAAAGUGACCUUCGUUUGGAUAAGACUGGGGAGGCGCGAAGUCCGCUAGAGCAUAGCCCCAUCCAGGCUGAUGCCAAGCACCCCUUUUAUCCCAUCCCUGAGCAGGCCUUACAGACCACACUGCAGGAAGUCAAACAUGAACUCAAAGAGGACAUUCAGCUGCUAAGCUGCAGAAUGACUGCCCUGGAGAAGCAGGUGGCAGAAAUUUUAAAAAUACUUUCAGAAAAAAGUGUGUCCCUGACCUCUUCUCCCAAAUCCCAAAUUCCGCUCCAAGUACCUCCCCAAAUACCGUGUCAGGAUAUUUUUAGUGUUUCAAGGCCUGAGACACCUGAAUCUGACAAAGAUGAAAUCCACUUUUAA